AUGGAUCCUCAAAGCAUGAGGGAAGAUCUCCGUCUGUUUCAGAGCACUUUGCUGCAGGAUGGAUUAAAAGAGCUCCUGAAUGAGAACAAGUUAAUUGACAGUGUCCUAAAGGUUGGAGACAGAAGCAUACCCUGCCAUUGCCUCAUACUGGCAGCUUGUAGUCCUUAUUUCCGGGAGCUGUACUUCUCAGAAGAUGGCAAGGAAACGGAUAAAAUGGAGGUUGUUCUGGAGAACAUAGAUCCCAACGUGAUGGAGGCGAUUGUAAAUUACAUGUACUCAGCAGAGAUUGACAUCAAUGACGACAACGUCCAGGAUAUUUUGGCCGCUGCCAACCGCUUCCAGAUCCCCUCAGUGUUCACAGUGUGUGUGAAUUAUCUCCAGAAGAGGCUGUCAAAGAAAAACUGCCUUGCCAUCUACAGGCUGGGACUGCUGCUGGGCAGCGCCAGACUGGCACUGGCAGCUCGAGAUCACAUCGCAGAUUGGUUCGAGACCAUAGUCAAGGACGAGGUUUUCCUAGAGCUCGCUCCACCUGAACUCUUUGCCAUCAUUGGAGCAGAUGCAUUGAAUGUAGAAAAAGAGGAAGUGGUGUUUGAGACCCUCAUGAGGUGGAUCAGAAAAGACAAAGAGAAGCGUGUGAAAUCCUUAGAGGAGGCCUUUGAUUGCAUUCGUUUCCGUUUACUCCCAGAGAAGUACUUCAAGGAGAAGGUGGAGAAGGACGACCUCAUUAAGGCUGAUCCGGAGCUUCUCAAAAAGAUCCAAGUCAUUAAGGAAGCCUUUGCGGGAAAGCUGCCUGAGAAGAAGAAGGGCCAAGAAGAUGUGGAAGGAGAGGAGGAAAAGUUGCCAGGCUAUCUAAAUGAUACGCGCAGGUAUGGCAUGUAUGCUAAAGACAUGGUUCUGAUGAUCAAUGACACCGCUAGCGUGGCUUAUGACACCCAGGAGAACGAGUGUUUUCUUGCUGCGAUGGCAGAGCAGAUCCCCCGAAACCACGUCAGUGUGGUAUCGAAGAACAACAUCCUGUAUGUGUUGGGAGGACUGUUUGUAGAUGAAGAGGACAAAGAAAACCCAUUGCAGUGUUACUUCUACCAGUUUGACAGUCUCGCUGCUGAAUGGGUCGCUCUGCCACCCAUGCCCUCCCCCAGGUGUUUGUUCGCUGUGGGGGAAUGUGAAAAUCUCCUCUUUGCUGUCACAGGAAAAGAUUUACAGUCCAAUGAGUCUUACGACACUGUUCUGUGCUAUGACACUGAAAAAAUGAAGUGGACUCAAUCCAAAAAGUUGCCCUUGAAUAUCCACGGCCACUGUGUGGUCUCUGAGAACGGGCUGGUGUACUGUAUUGGAGGAAAAACGGAUGACAAUAAAGCAACCAAUAAGAUGUUUGCAUACAACCACAAGAGAUCAGAGUGGAAGGAGGUGGCCUCCAUGCAAACUCCCAGAUCCAUGUUUGGGGCAGUUGUCCACAACGGGAAGAUUGUUGUUGCUGGAGGAGUCAAUGAGGAAGGCCUCACAGCUGCAUGUGAAACCUACGACUUUGGAACCAACAAGUGGUCACCCUUCACAGAGAUGCCCCAGGAGAGGAGCUCAGUCAACCUGGUGAGCUGCGGAGGGCAGUUGUACUCCAUAGGAGGCUUUGCCAUUGUGCAGAACGAGAACAAAGAGUGUGAACCCAGUGAAAUCAUCGACAUCUGGCAGUUUGAAGAUGACAAGAAACAGUGGACUGGUAUCAUCAGAGAGAUGCGUUAUGCAGCUGGUGCCUCCUGUGUGUCCAUGCGUCUGAAUGCAGCCAGAAUGCCCAAACUGUGA